UUUUAAUUCCGUGUUUGAAGCAGAAGGAUUACCCAUGAGUUUAUCUAAAUUUAGUCGGGGCGAAGGAUGCAAGGUCGCAUAGCAAAAAUAGGUGUGAAAUCAAAAUAAAAUCGAUGAGUCCGAUUUCCCAUUUGUGUCUGAGAAAAAUGGAUUCCUGUACUUGCACGGCAUCGCAGAGCUGGUGCGCAUCACCUCUAGGUUCCUCGCAGCGCAAGUGGAUCCGCGUCGAAUGCCUUUUGAACCUCCUUCCCUCUCCCCGAGCAGAUCACGCCUUUCGCCCCAUGUGUAAUUAAUAAUGGCCCACAGUUGCAGAAUCUCUCGCGCACCGCUUUCCUUUCUCGCUCAUUCUGCUGCAAUUUGCUCUAUUUGUACUCUCGUAUUCUGCACUCCCUACUUUAGCAGAGCAGUCCACAUCUUCAUUGUCUUGUAGCGCUCCGUCUAGAUCGUCGCUGUUUAGCUGUUCGUUCAGCACAUUUCGUCUGCAGAACUAGCUCGGGGAGCAUUGCGGGUGGAUCUUACAACAGCAGCAGCACUUGUUACUGACGUAGGGAGCAUCGAGCUUUGUUAAUUGAAACCUCUGAAGUCCUCCGUUGUUUCACUGUUGACACAUUCUGACUACUCCGCCCCCGUAGCUCACCGCAAGCCGCAUCCCCAAUAUAUUCCUCACGUUUUCUUCAAAGUACUACAUGCUUGGGCAAUAUGCAUUUCUUUGGCUGGACAUUGUGAAAAUUUUCACGUUCGAGGGCGCAUCUCCUUGGCUUGAUUAACGAUGAGAUUUGUGUAGAAUGUGGCCACGCGAGUUGUGAAGAAGCCAACCGGUGAGUUUUGUUUCUCGCAGAAAUGCUGUAGCAUAAGCUAUUGCAGGAGUUUACGCAUCAUCACAUUCUUUGGCAGUAGCAGUCGGUUGCUCCGUGAGGGGGCAGAUUAAGCGAUCGAGAAUGGCAGCUCCCGCCGCAGCUAUGAGCUUGUUGCCCAGUCACAGCCCAGCGAGACUGCAUCGAAGCAAUGUGGUGCCAUGCUCUUUGAUGUCAACCCCAAGAAGCAUGAGAGCCACACCCUUGGGCAACUGCGCACUAUCCGUGCCGUUCCCUGCCGCCAUGAAACCGAGAAGCACGAAAUUCUCCACAAGUCGAAACUCGAGCGAUUCGGCCGAGAGUGACAGCGUGGCGGAGAACUUCAGCGAGAACGACGAAGACUACGCAGACUCCACAAUCGUUGAAGCUGUGGAAGUCAGGAGUGGUCCCGAGGGCUGCACUAUCAAGAUGCGCAACGGCGAUGUGCUCAAGUGCGUGCACAACUCGAACGAGGCAGGAACGCUCCCCGUUUACGAUCCGCACCCGGCCAUCGUCUUACACCUCAACGACAGCUCCAACCUUCUCCUCCCCAUCAUCGUCCUCGAAUUCCCAAGCGCAAUGCUCUCCGACGCCAUCCGAAACGUCGAGCCCACGCGCCCAACGGUGUAUCAAGUCAUGAGCAACAUCCUGGAGGUGUCGGGAUACAAAGCCAAGCUUGUCCGCGUGACGAAACGCGUCAACGAGACGUAUUUCGCGAGGGUGCAUCUCGUCAAAGAGGGAGAUGACAGUGCUCCUCCCAUGAGCCUCGACAUUCGCCCCUCCGACGCAAUCAACCUCGCAGUCCGGUGCAAAAUCCCCAUCCAGGUGAGUAAGAAUCUCGCAAUGGGAGAUGGGGUCCGGGUUGUCACCGAUGUCGAGAAGCUCCCCUCCACCAUCACCACUAAGGACGGGCUAGUCAUCACCGACUUGGACACGCCGCUUCCUGGGCCCUGCCUAGACGCCGAGGAGUUUGUAAUGGUGCGGGACAUGCACAUCGCCGCUGUGGAGGAGAGGUUCAUAGAUGCGGGCAAGCUGCGCGAUGAGCUCGAGCAGUUCAGGAAAGCGGCGAGCAGCGAGAGUUUGGAGCAGAACAAGCAAACGGCAGAGACUGAAUGGCCCCCCCAUCGAUCAGAACCCCCCCAAUCCCCUGUCUAGCUUCUUCUUCUUCUUCUCCUUCUUCUUCCUCCUCCUCUUCUUCUCGUGUUCCACAAUUGCACACUCGCUCACCUCAUGGCUCUGGAUUCCGCUUCGAUUCUGAUGCGGCACUGUGUACCCAACUCGCGCAACCGUCACCGACAAGGACCCUACUAACUCCUCGUCACGUCAUCGAAGUGCCGCUACUGCUCCCAUUUCGGCAUUCGAUCCACUGUUCUGCACCUGUUGCAGCAGCUCACGUUGUUGUUGCAAAUCCCUCACACAUGUAUCAUAUAUAUAUAUAUAUAUAUAUACAGCUGAAGAAAAAUAGAUAGAAAGUUGGUUAGUUUGAUAGACAGAUUGAUAGAUGGAUAGAUAUUGACACAUUAAUGUUGUGCAGAGAAGAGCACAUUCAUUUUAACGCAGUUAUGAAUCAGCAUUUGAUUGACAUUCUAUUAGUUAGUUAGAUUGAAUUAUUCCACAUCGACGGGGUCUUGCAGCUAACGCAAGAGCGCCGAUUGCUGAUCGCUACUAAUCCGCCGACAUUUCCACAAGGAAACCAAAGAAAUAUCAACAUAAACUGGUUCUGAAUUUGAAUCUUAACUCCGGUGUCUCCGACGGAGAAGCCUCACCGACACGAUUUUAAAAUCCUUCUUGGAAUAAAAAAGUGAUUUUUAGCAACUUUUUUUA